UCUCUAUGUGUUCCUACCAUUUGGUGUACCUUAAAUACUAAUCCUCCGCCAUGAGAGAGGAUCAAAGCUUUUCUCAACAAACACAAUUCCACUCUCCUUUAGAGGAAAUGGGAAGGCAUUCUUGCUCCAACAAGAAGCUAAAGAAGGGCUUGUGGUCUCCGGAGGAGGACGAGAAGCUUUACACUCAUGUCAUCACUCAUGGAGUCGGCCGUUGGAGCUUUGUGCCGAAACUAGCAGGACUCCAGCGUUGCGGAAAGAGUUGCAGACUCAGGUGGAUCAACUACCUCAGGCCGGAUCUCAAAAGAGGCAAAUUUUCGCGACAAGAGGAGGACUUAGUCAUAAGCCUACAACAAGUUCUCGGAAACAAGUGGUCGCGGAUUGCAGCUCAGUUGCCGGGACGGACCGACAACGAGAUCAAGAAUCUGUGGAACUCGAGCCUCAAGAAGAGGAUCGAAACAAGCACCCAGAACUUGGCACGCGGCCAUACGAGAGCACAACACGAAUCAAAUGCAGAUGCUGGUCUUGGGCCAGUCCUCGACCCUCUCCUGCUGAUUGACAUCCAGAACUGUAAUUGGGACUCUCUGGAUUUGCCGAAGAACAGCAGCGAGAACUUGUCGAUUCGGAAUGAAUGCUUGGGCAGUUCGGGGUUUGGUGAAUGCAGUGGCUUCUUGGAUGGUUCACAAAACAACAGUGGCUGGGAUGUGCUUGGUGAUGAGGCCCUGGCCUGGGCCAUUGGCAGUGAGGUGGAAGCACAGUUUUGGUGCUGGGUAGGAUGAAAAUCUUGGUAAAAAAUAAUUAAAAGGAUGAAUUGUUUUUUUAACAAAAAAGUUCAAAUAAUUUUU